AUGGAAAAGUACACAAAGGUACGUGUGCUCGGAAAGGGCAGCUUCGGCAGCGCCAUCCUCAUCAAGCGCCGCAGCGACAACGCCCUGCUGGUGAUUAAGGAGGUGUUCCUUGGCAAGAUGAGCAAAAAGGAGCGGGAGGAGGCACGCCAUGAGUGUCGUGUUCUGCAGCAGCUAAACCACCCGAACAUUGUGCGAUACGUCGAGCACUUUGAGAACCGUAACAACCUGUACAUUGUGAUGGAGUACUGCGACGGGGGUGAUCUCCAUAUGAAGCUCAAGCACGGUCCAAUGAAGGAGAGCACGAUCUUGUAUUAUUAUUCACAGGUCUGCCUAGCAAUGGAGUACCUUCACUCACGCCACAUUCUACACCGCGACAUAAAGACAAUGAAUGUUUUUCUUAUGAAGAAUGGUUCUGUCAAACUAGGUGACUUUGGCAUCUCAACAGUGCUACGCAACACAAUGGGUAUGGCAAACACGGUCUGCGGAACCCCGUACUACUUCUCUCCUGAGAUAUGCCGCAACAAGCCGUACAACAACAAGUCCGAUGUGUGGGCACUUGGUGUUCUGUUGUACGAACUUGCAACUGGACGGCACCCUUUCGAUGGCAAUAGCAUGCAGCAGCUGAUGCAGCGCAUUGUGAAAGGUACAUUCGCGCCGCUGCCUUCCCACUUUUCUUCGGAAUUUCGAAAAAUGGUGGCCUGGUGCUUGCAAAAGGAUCCUGCGCGACGACCAAGCAUCAAGCAGACACUCGCACUUCCCAUUAUGCGAGGUUCACUUGAGCAGUUGGAGGAGAACCUCAUGCUUGCCACGCAGUGCAAGGUGCGACUAAAGGACAUCAUCGAUUUUGAUGUUGGGUCAGACAACAAUAAAAACAACAACGGCGGGGAUGAGGUCUCGAGGCAAAAGGACCAAAACAGGGAUCAUCAGCAACCACGGCGGCAGAUUUCGCCGUCGCCGCAGACACCAGAACUCUCACCAGGUAAGGCGGCAGCGAUUGCACUGGCAGGGCAGCAGCAGCAGCAGCUGCAGCUGCCGCCACCGCCAAAAUACGUGUCACCUGGCGCCGACGCUAUAGCGGGGCUUCUAGCACAGCGUCCCGCUGGAAAUAUGGCGCUUCUGGGCCCCAAGCCUGGCGCUGCAGGUGCAGCAGUCGACCACAACCGCAUAGAAAACUACCGACGGUACUUGCAACAACAGUUUCAGCGACGGGCAGAAAAGGACAAGGAAGCAGCUGCUGCGCAUGCUGUCAAUGGUGGUGUUUCUCCCACACAUGCUCUGCCUGCUGAGAGUCCUCCGGUGCGUCCAGCAUCACCCGCGGCCUCUCCCAAGUACCAACAACAACAACAAAUGCCGCGGCAUGUGGCACCGGUAGUUGAUCCUCGCAACCUAUACAACAAUGAGCAACCCAAGCGAGACGCAGCGGGAGGCGGUGGUGGUGGUGGUAAUGGUAAUGGCGUUGGCGCCGUUGGGUUUGACGAACGGAUGAAGCGUAUAGAUGCCAUUAUGCAGCGGUAUGCGCAAAAUGUUGACCCGAGUGCACGUGAUACGAUACAUGCGUAUAUGAAGCGCAAGCAAGAAGAAUAUAUACAACGGCAGAAGCGUCAACAGGAGGUUGCCAACCGCCGUGCCGAACUGCGUAAGCAGGAGCUAGCAAAAGUAAUCGAAUAUCAGAAGAAAAUCGGUCGUGGAGACCCUAUGCAUCAGCAACAGCGCCAACAACAAGAACUACAUCAGCCAAGAGCGGUGCAGCAGAAGGGUAUUGCGUCGCCGCCGAAGAUAUGUCAGAAUCGCUCUCCGCCUUCUCCUCGGAAGCAAGCGAUGCCACAACUGCCUCCACAGCAGCAGCAGCAGCAGCAGCAGAAACAGCACAGCCCUGCGUUUGGGCGAGAUCCACGCUGCGUACCGAAAUCUUCCCGGGUUGCUGAUCCCUCCCCACCUGUGCGGAGGGGUAGCAAUGCUCAUAACUAUAAUAACGUCCCCAACAACCAGCGGGCGCCACGUGUCGCUCGACAGAAGGGAAAAGUGGUUGCCGCAAAUUCUCCCCGAAUUCUGCUACCACCAAAGAAAGCACAACAACAACUGCAGCAGCAACAACCCGAUGGGGCACGACGGGAAGAUGCCGCGCGAUCCCCGCAGGCUGCGGCUGCGGCUGCGGCAAAUGUAAAUGGCAACGACAACCAAAGCAACGUCAACCGAAAAUUUUUAUUUCCGACGCCUGUUUCUGGAAAAGCGGGAUUGCCAACGUCUUUAAAAAGCGGGUGCGCAGCGGAGGCUGGUGUACCUCGGCCGUCUCCAUCAAUGGAGAAGGCGUCAUCGCCAUUGCAGCAGCAUCAACAACCGAAGCCACAAGCGAUGCUUCGCAUCAUUUCUGCACCUGUUCUUGCAAUACCCGCUGCUCUCAGCCGAGCUAAUCCCGACGACGAGGAUGAAAAAGAUGAAGACAAUGGAAAUGGGAAGAGGCAUGGCGCAGUGUUUAGAGCCCCGCAGCACGCGUUAGCGCGCCGCAGUAGCGCUCCCUUGCGUCCGCCCGGUGAGGGUGCUUUCGCACAUCCCGACGAUCCCCUGAAAGAACUGAAAAUUGUUGGUGGUAAAAACAUCAUUCGGCCCACCGCCGCUGCCGGUUUUAUGCCACAAGGUAUUUCAAAACAGCAGCAGCAGCAGCCACCUCUUGGACAAGUGCGAUCUCCAACCACAGCUUCGACAGGGAUCAGGCCCAGGUCCCCGUCGCCUUUUAGAUCGAAAGAAGACUUACCAGCCGCUGUGGACGCACGUCGUAGGUUUGAGCAGUUGGUGCGACAGCAGGUACCACUGUCCGAAAUGAAGUUACACAUGGAAGAAACACCAGCAGUAAAGGAAAUGACACCACUAUCUCGAUUUCCUAGUAACGUGGCAGAUCCCACCAAUAUCAAGAAACAGAGAAACAGCGUGGAUAAUAAUGCGGACAAGGCGUCUCAGCCUCAUGCCCCUGCGGCGGUAGCGGUUAGGAACAACAACCCGGGUGAGGAGUGGCCGCGUAAGAAGGAGUUGCCGCCGCCUCUCGGGCUCGCCCCGCUUCAGGUGCGCUCGGCGCAAGUAUUUCCAGUACAAUGUGGCUCGCCCUCCUUCUUGUCUUCACCGGCCAAGGCGUUGUUAGGGGGGCAGCAUGCGGCUGCCGGUCGGCCAGGGGUGAAGCAGCCUCUGCAGCGGGGCAGCGGGAACACCAACAUUUCUGCCCCGCAACAGUCGGGAAUCGGUAUCAUGCCAGCAGUGCUUGGUGUUAAGGUACCACCACAGACACGUGCACCCGGAGUGGGACCACGCCGUGAGAAUUGUGCCCCUCAAAAUAGUCAAGCAGAGGAGCCACCAGUUCUUGUAGAUAUCGACUACGGCGUCUCCUCCGCACCAUGUGAAGAUGCCACAAAAGAGACGAACCCCUCAUUAGAUUUGCAUAGCGCUCCUCUUUUGCCUUCAGGUACCGAUGUCGGGUCAGAACAACCCGAUGUGGCACAACAGUGGAGAGAUGUUGUCGACACCAGCGCUACCCACAAGAUUAAUCAUCGUGUUCAGCUUGCGCGCCUGCAAACGUCGCUUUCGCAUGGUAUGUUGGUGCUCGGCGAUGACGAUGAUGUCCUUACAGGUUUCCAGAAGGCGGGGGAGCCGCGCACAAGCAUCCCAAGCACACUAGAGGUGCUGCGCAGUCUCCGUGAUGAUGAGGCGGACGAAAUGCUGGCAGCAGGCGGGCAGCGGCCAGGCGUUUUGCUAACGCUAUUAAAACAAAAACAACAGAAGAAGCAGGAGCUCUGCCCGUUCCCAGGCCAGCCUUGUGUGAUGCCGACAAGCCUCGCCGUACCACUCUGUGUUGAUAACCCGGACACACCGACGCCCGAUGGUGCCCCUCAACACGACCCAUUAUCCCUCCUGGCUAGUCACGAAGAAACGUCCCUUUCAUCCCAGGAUGUGAGCCAUCGAGAUGCGGCAGAAGAGGAGGAACGUGCAGCACUUUUAGCGCUCGUAGACGGUGGUUACGAUGUUCGGGUCAACGAUGACCCGGAACGUAGCAACGCGAGCAUCAACUCAAUAGAUGCCCCACCCGAAAAAUCCCUCGAAGGCUACCUAGAGAUGCUUGAUCACCUAAAGGACCUUCUGUAUCGCCGGCGUCACCGUGAGAAAACCGCAACCCCGAAACUUCAGGAGCAGAUGAAGCAGCUGCCUCUCCCAUCGCCACUUUCACCAAAGAAAGACAUUCCAGACCCAUUGGACUUGAACUCCAUUUCAGGGGCGGUGUCGAAUGAUUUACCGACGCCAGUGUUAUUAAUGUAUACUAAAUCGAACGGAGGGAGCGGCGCGAAUUAUCAAGGGAACAAGCGGCGAGAGGCAUCAAACGACACCGGAGAGGGUAAUGAACACGACGAAGAGAACGAACAGCGACAGAGACAUGGCUCAUUGGAGGACGAAGAAGAUUACGAUGAUAGUGCUGAGGAGGAAACUGAUGAUGAGGAAAAGGAUGACGAUGAUGAGGAUUUCGAAGAUGCGUUACCUCUUUCGCCGGUGCGCUGUGCGACGCUCAACGACACGUAUUGUCGUUUGCUGAAGAGUACGGAGCAUCUACCGGAUGUUGGGCGUGUCAAAGAGGAUAAUAACGGCGAUUAUGGUGGCGGUGUUGAUACAACUGAUGAUAGAUCGCAAGGAGUGACACGCAACGGUACUGAUGAUAUCAUUGAAAACGAUUCCUUUUUGGAUGUCGGUGCCGGGGAGAUGGAGGGUGAGAGUGAAGGUGGGUACACUAUGUAUCCUUAA